GGUCUCUAAUGGCUGAACAACAACAACUUUCCCAAACUUACACAGAGACAAAAGAAAGUUGGAAAUAGCAAGUCGUGUCAGUCGUAUAUCAGUUUAUACCAGUUCGUUUAUUCUUCUUUCUUAAUCCCAAAUGUGGAAUUACUGAUGGAUCCGAGGUAUGACAUCCCGCGGAGGGCCGCCGGCGGCAGCGGGGGCUCCGCCAACUCUUCCCCCGCUAUGGGAGCUCAGUCCCGCCGCAGGAAGAUGCCACCAAGACCCGCUGAUUUUAAACUUCAAAUUAUCAUCAUUGGCUCCCGUGGUGUGGGUAAAACCAGCCUCAUGGAGAGAUAUACCGACGACACUUUCUGCGAAGCUUGCAAGUCGACCGUAGGAGUUGACUUCAAAAUCAAGACGGUUGAGCUGAGAGGGAGGAAGAUUCGACUACAGAUAUGGGACACAGCCGGCCAGGAGAGGUUCAACAGCAUCACAUCAGCCUACUACAGAGGUGCCAAGGGAAUUGUGUUAGUGUAUGAUAUCACGAAGCAGGAGACCUUUGAAGACCUUCCCAAAUGGAUGAAAAUGAUAGACAAGUACGCCUCAGAGGAAGCAGAGCUUCUCCUGGUCGGGAACAAGCUUGACUGUGAGACUGAUCGCAUCAUCUCCAGACAGCAGGGAGAGAGGUUUGCCUCUCGAAUAAGUGGCAUGCGCUUCUGCGAAGCCAGUGCCAAGGAUAAUUUUAACGUGGAUGAGAUCUUCCUGAAGCUUGUUGAUGACAUCCUUAGCAAGAUGCCUUUGGAAAUUACCAACAAGGAGCUUUCCAACAGUGUCCUGUCUCUGCAACCUGAACCGGAAGUGCCUCCGGAGUUGCCCCCUCCCCGCAUGCGCUGUUGCUGAGAGUCAGAGUGGUCUCCCCCUCCCACCCCACCCUAAACACACACACGCACACACACACACACACACACACACACACACACACACACACACACACACACACACAGAAACUCAGCUCACACAUGCAAAGUACCAAUCUGGCCACCAGGGGUCAGCACACAGCAGCAUUUUGGGAAUUGUUGAUUGCUGCUGUAAGAUGCACAGACUCUCUCUUAACAAGCAGUAUUAUGACAUACACCCCUGUUUCCUCUCCCGUUUUUGUAACUGUACACUCUGACAUGUACUACACUAACACUUAGGCCCGGUGAAUCACCCACUUCCUACCACCUGUCUGUCUUCACUUGACCCAGACUACCUCAUUCCUCGGACCGUUAGGCUAGCUGUGCCCCACGCAGGUGCCUUUUUUUGAGGUAGAGAGCCCUCCGGUAGCCGUUGCACAUUUACAAGGAGAGGGAUUACAGAGGGCCUUAAAGCUUGUUCUUUUUUUUGUUUUCUUUAAAAAAAAAAAAAAAAAAAAAGUCAUCACAAAUACUGUACACAAAGUUUGAUAUUGUCUGAGUUGCCCCGACACUCUUUAGGUUAUCUCUUUUCUGCUUUACAGAAAAGGGAUAACGAAUAUCUCACAUCUCAGCUUAGAUGAUGACAUUCUGGGUCUUGGUACAGUAGUUUUAUAUUCUUACUAUUAAUAGGUAGCAUUACCAAGUGUUAAGUGGACUUGAGGUAAACAAAAGCACAUGAUUUUUCUUUUUAUUGAUGUGAUGUAAAUAUGGUGAUACGCGGUCGGAGGCGUGUUGCUGUAAUGACUGGACAUGGUGCAGUUUUGUUUUUUCUUCCCUUUUUUUCGGCCAGCUGUUUGGUGGUUGUGGGAUGGCGAUCAUAUCAGUUUAUAUUCCUUUUUUUUGCCUUAAAGCGUUAAGUGGCUGGAACAGCUCAUUUCACCUUUGUUAAAAGAAAAAAAAAAUUGUAAUGUUUUGCACUACAAUCCAUCUUACCUAGUUAAGCUGACAUGCUGAACUGUAGCGAGAGGCAGCAGCAGAAGAAGAAGAAAGUACACAACUUUGUAGUUUAGCACUAAUAAAGAUCAAUGUUGCCUCUGUAGCGGCCACUCUGAUUUCUUCCACACCCUGUUGAAUGGAAAGGCAAGGAGAGAUGGGUAAUGUAGUCUUUGAGGGAUUGGGUGUUUUUCACAGGGGGCAUUCUCCAUGUGCAAGAGCUAGUGCACACACAAACACAUGGUAUUAGCCUUUUGUUUUGCUUUUCUUACUAAUAUUGCAAGUGUUUUUGUUGUUUUCCUUUGAAUUCAGAUACAGCUUAGAGAUGUCUGUGUGAUUCUCCCUUUUUUUCUUGGGAGGAGGGGAGAGAAAAGUGCAGGAAGGUUUGUUUCGUAUUUGAAUGACUCAGGAAGUUUUAAUUGGCUCAUAUCUGCUCAUUUUGUCAGGCUUUUAUCGCAGACUUGAUACGCCUAGAAUUUCAUAAUGAAUUAAUGAAAGCAGCUUCUCUUAAAGAUCCUGCUUUUGAUGGGGAAGUCCAAGGUUUUUAUAUAGGAGAUUAGCAAUUUUGAAUUCAUGGUUUGGCAGUUUGUUACGGACCAGUACUUGCACAUUUAAAAAGAUACUAGGCUAUGCAUGUUAAGCCCUCCUGUUUUUGUUUUCAUAGACCUUAAUGAUCAUUUAAUUCUUCCGUCUUUCUUGUGAAAUUUAUUGCAAUUAUAGCAAUGUAGCACUGUGAGCGACAUGUCUGAUUUUGUUUUUACAUGUUGAAGUAAAAGCCCAAGUGUGAGAGUGAGGAAGCCCAUUCAAAGGACCUGAUUUGAAAUGACUCUAAUUGACUCACUAUCAGUUAAUUGUGUUUUUUUUUUUUUUUUACUUUGAGGUCAAGCUUCUCUGGACUUAAAACAGCUUAUUGUGUUUUGAAAAGUUUCAUACCAAAAUACGGCGCUAAUAAAAUUAUCACUGACAUCAAUGCACAUCUUGCAAUAAAGAUAUCAGCCAGCAAAAGACCCUACAUACAAAUAAUCUGCAGUCUUGCAAUUUUAUCUUAUAUAAAGUGUUUUGAAAUGGGGAGUUGUGAAAAUGAGAGAACAUGACUUUUGUUUAUUUCUUUUUUUAAAGAAUGAAACCUUUUCAUUUGUCCCCUCUGACUUUUAGCAUUUGGCACUAACCCUGUGGUCUUUGUUUUAAUACCCAAGCCUUAUACUACUCAGUGUUUUAAAUAUACAUUUUAAAAAUGCUUUUAUUUGAAAUGUGUAUCAUUUAAAAAUGGAAGACGCUACUUGGUAUAAAAACCUGUUCUAAGUCUUUUGAAAAGUUUUGGCAUGUUUAAAGCAGAUUUGUGGUAUUUAUAACAUGUGGCAUUCUUGAACUAAUGAAAUGCAAUUAAAGAUAUCUAUAUUUA